AUGUCAAAUUCGAUUCAGCAAAAGUGAGUUUCUGUGAUCAUUUCUGGUUUUUUCCCUUUUUUUUAACUCAACUGACGUAUCGAUUUCAGAAAUCUUGAUUAUGCCACUAAAAUUACAAUUAAGGCGCCGAUUGAUUUGACUAAUACGACUACUUCAAUAUCGGAAGAAGAGUAAGAUAAAUUUUUUUGUAAAGUUUUUGAUUUUAGGCAUUUUACAUUGAGCCUUUUGGAGUUUGAGAGCGCAUCAGUAAAUGUGACUGAGAGUGGGCCAGUCAAAGCUGAUCUUCCAGAAUGUGAACCCUUGGAAAAAAUUACUGAUUAUAAAACUAAAAUAUCACAAGCAACUCUGCUGAUUGAAGAUCUGGAAGAAUUUGAGGUUGAGAGGAACCAUCCUGGAGUUCUUCCUGGAGGUAUUUGGAAACCGCGUGAUUGUAAAGCCAGGCAUAAAGUCGCAGUCAUAAUUCCUUAUCGAGACAGGAAAAGCCAUUUGACCAGACUUCUCGACUUCCUCAUUCCCAUUAUGCAGAAACAAAGACUUGACUUCCGAUUUAUUGUCACAGAACAGGCAAGUAAUUUCUUCUCGAAAACUUUUGAUUUUUUAGUAUGGAGAUGAUCUUUUCAACAAAGGCAGAAUUAUGAAUGCUGCAUUUCAAUUGGCCGUGAAACUGAAGGUUGAUUGUGUCAUAUUCCACGACGUGGAUAUGUUUCCUCAAGAUGACAGGACUCCUUACGAUUGUCCGGACACUCCUCGCCAUCUCGGCGCCUUUGUCAGUAACCUUGGCUACCAGUAUGUUGAAGCGCAUUUUAUUGGUAGUCAUUUUUAGAUUAUGGUACAAGGAAAUUGUCGGUGGCGCAUUAGCGAUCAGAAUUGAGGACUAUCUCGCCGUAAAUGGUUACUCAAACCUUUAUUGGGCGUGGGGCGGAGAAGAUGACGACAUGGGUGAGAUCUUAUUGUCUGAAUUAUCAGUUUAUCGGGUGGCAAUUCGGCUGGCUGAUUUUGUGUGCAUGUGUAAAAUUAAAACAACUAGUAUAACAUAUAGAAUUCUUCAAUUCUUUAAGUUUACCACCCAAAAGUGAAAAGAUUUUUGCUCGGCCCUUGCAUAUUUCGGUCAGAUUACAUAUUCAUAAUAAAUUAUUUUAGAAAGUUUUAAAAGCUGGUAAAAUAGGCUCUAAGUCAAAAAGGUUUAUUAUAUAAGAGUGAAGAAAUAAGACCGAUUUUGGGAUUUUGAAAAAGACGCCAAAUUUGCUUUCUCGAGCUUUUCUUCUCAUGUCGGCCUCAUUUUUUCCAUUCUAUUUUUUUCAAAAAAAGUGAGGAAAGCGUUUUUAACGUUUUGCUUCGAAACGACCGGUGCGAUCUUAUUUCUUCACUCUUAUAUUAUCCAUCCAUUGAUUUUGAUAGUUAUUUUUUAUUAAUUUUAGGUAAACGGAUACUAUCACAGAAUUAUACAAUAGAACGACCGAACCAGGAAUAUGCCCGAUUCUCGAUGUUGAAACACGUUAAAAGGAAACGAACCGCCCCCAAACUCAUCUACAAACUGCUUGACGACGCCGAUUCCAGAUGGCACAAUGAUGGGGUCAACGAAACAGAUCAUUGGAAGAUAAAAUCUCUGAUCAAGAGGCCUCUUUAUUAUCAUCUUUUUGUAGAUGUGGGACCGGCCCCCGCCUUCUGGAGGUCCACUUAA